AUGAGCCAAAUCACAUACUUUUUCGACGCACUAAAUUUCAACGGCAUAUGUAGAACUAUUGCUCUUAGUCUAUGUCCUUUGAUUGGAGAACAUGAUGCCAUCGAACCAGUUUGUUAUUCCCGUAACGUUGACCUUGGAGGAAACAUUAUCUUCCAACCUUCCACUCUAAUUAUUGAUGUUGUUGCUAUCAUCAUGGUUUUAAUCAUGGUCUACCAUAUCCGUUCUAAGUAUACUGCUGUUGGUCGACAAGAAAUUGUUAUGUUCUUUUAUAUGUAUAUGAUUACCACUUUACUUGAUAUGUUACUUGUUACCGGCAUUAUUCCUACAUCCUCCUCUGCAUACCCUUGGUUCACAGCUAUUCACGUAGGCUGUAUAUGUGCUACUUACUGGUGUUUACUCUUAAAUGGCUUUGUUGGUUUCCAGUUUGCUGAAGAUGGCACACCUCUUUCUCUCUGGUCAAUUCGUAUCAGCACUUUCAUUUGGUUCAUUGUCACGGGUUUCCUUGCCAUCGGUACUUUCUUAGGUGUUGGAACACUUUCUUACAAGAAUCAAUCAGCAUUGUGGGUCUUUGCUAUUGUCUUGAAUUGGGUCAUGUUCUUCAUUUAUAUUGUUUCACAAAUCAUUCUAGUUAUCAACACAUUGGAUGAUCUUUGGCCAUUGGGUGAUAUUUUGUUUGCUGCAGGCUUCUAUGCCAUCGGCCAAAUUUUGAUGUAUGUCUUCUCAGUUGUGAUCUGUGACAGCACAAAGCACUAUGUCGACGGCAUGUUUUUUGGCGCUGUCUGUAACUUAUUAGCAGUGAUGAUGAUCUAUAAGUAUUGGGAUUCAAUUACCAAAGAAGAUCUCGAAUUUUCAGUCGGCUCAAAGCAGAAUGUUUGGGAAGUCAAAGAACUGUUGAAUGAAGAUGAAUUAUCACAAUCUUAUGGUACUUAUCAACACACACCACCUCCACCCACUACUCAACAUUAUCAACCUUACGAAUAA